GGCAGAGAGUGAGCAAGAGUCUCGCCGUGUGGACGCAUUUUCCUGCUUAAUAUCACUUAUUAAUUUAUGUUAAUCCGGUGAAGGAAAAAAAUCCUUCAAUUGCCACAAUAUUUUCUGAAGAACAUUUGGUGCUAUUUCAAGUGGCAUUUCGAAUUGGGUGUUGAGGAAUUGUGACAAUAUUUUUGUGAGAGAAUUGCAUUGGAAAAAUUUCUCAAAGUGAAAGGAGGGAGCAAAAGCGUGUUGUACUUUUCCACCCAAAAUUCCUAAUGAGACAGUUGGAAUUUGUGAAAAAUUUCAUAGUUAAGUGACUGUAUUGAACUUGUUUGGUGAUUUGUGAAGGAUUUUGGGGCACUUUGGCUGGAUUUUCAGCGUGAAUUUCAACUGAGAACAGCAAUUUUCUGUACACGUGGUCAAUAUUGAACAGGCACAUCGAGUCAUCAUGGCAGCUGGGGCUAAUCAUCAAUCUGGCACGAUAUGGUAGCUAUUCGACCGAUCGUUGUACUGUCAACACUGACACUGUUGCUGGGCUUAACGUGGUUCCGGCGCAAAAAACGACAACACUCUGACACAGGUGAAAAGUCAUCUGAUUCCGCGGUGACUUCAGAUGAGGCAAAGCGUGAGGAUUUGGCCACAUUGAGAAAUUUAAACUCGAGACCGGCACAGAGCGCUUCGGUGGACAUCACAUCGGGAGGUGCGGCGCAGAAUAUCACGCCGUCGAAAUUGGCCAAAUCGGCGCCCAUUGACAUUGUGCCGAACGGACGUAGUCCGCCGCAAGCGAGUGGCAGAAAGAGUGCCACAGAUAAUCCAAAUAAGAUUGAUGCGGAUGUGCUGAAUGCCAAGAUACGCGACAGCGAGUUGAAGACAUUAGCAUCGAUUGAGGAGCAAGAGGAUCUGGAUUUGGGAUCGCCAAUUGAUUUGCCGGGCUCUUUCGAGAGGCGGCCCUUCAACUUCCGCAAGACGGUGAAUGUGGCUGACGAGGAGCCAGUUGUUAUAAAGGCUACGUCAAUUGCUAAGGUGUCGCCGAAGGACGACUUCCUGGAACCGCCGAAGUACGUGAAUACAGAAGAGAUGACGAUGAGGAGUCAGGUGGUGGAGAAGGACGUGGUGCCGGCGAUGCCGCCGUGCGAGGAGAAUGGGCAGGAGGAGGCGCAGCAGCCGCCAACUGUCUCCAGUCCGCCGCUGAGUCUGUGUAGCAAUCACUCGCUGGAUUCCGGCAAGGGAUCCAGUCCGCCGUACUCAGAAGGUGCGCCGGCGAAUUGCUGUGAGUUUCUGCUGCCGAACACACUGACUGGGCAGGUGAUUGGGCGCAAGGGCGUGAUGAUUCAGCGCCUGAAGGAGCUGACGGGCGCCACGAUGGUGAUCAGACGUCAUCCUGACACGAUGAAGUAUAAGAUUUGCACGGUGGAAGGCACAGAGGCGGAGAUUGACAAGGCGCUGGCGGAAAUUAGGCGAAGAUUCCCGUUGGAUAGGUUUCCCAAGUUCACAAUGGAGAGGAUUCAGUACUCUUUGCCGCCAAUGCUGCAGUCAAUGGAUCCGGCUUUUAUAAAUCUGAAUCUGAUCGAGGGCAUCAACAAUGACGUGGUGGUGAGCUCCAUCCUGUCUGGUGGACACAUCUUUGUGCAGCAGCCGCUGCAUCCUUCGUAUCCGUCGCUCAACAACCUCAACCAAAUCAUGUACCAGAACUACGCCACGAAUCAGUCGCCGCAGCUGGACAAUCCGACGGAGAACUCGGUGUGUGUGGCGUGCGUGCAGGACAUGUGGUAUCGCGUGGUCGUGCUAUCGCACAGUUCUGAGACCAAAACGACGCUAGUGAAGUACUUGGAUUAUGGCGGCUUCGGCCACCACGAGGUGUCGGACUUGAGGCAGAUUCGGCAAGACUUCAUGACCGUGCCCUUCCAGGCCAUCGAGUGCACGCUGUCGAACAUCAAGCCGACGGGUGAAGAAUGGGCCCCAAUGGCGGCUGAAGUGCUGCAGAGUCUCACGCAUGGGAUGGUUCUGCAAGCUCAAGUGGCUGGAUACACACCUGAGGGCCUUCCGGAAGUCUUUCUCUACGCCAAUUACGGCCCAGACAACAUUGUCUUUCUGAACAGGGAGCUCGUGGCUCGCGGCCUGGCGGAGUGGGUGGAGGAGGAGACGGUGUAAAUUAAACCCUUAGCAAUGACUGCCCGUAGAGAAUCGCUAGCGUGGGAGGGAAAGAGAGAGAGAGAGAAGAUGUAUUAGAAGAAUGGCGAGAUGGGGUCAAAGAAAGUGGGGAAAUAUGGAAAAAUGAAAACAUUUAUGAUGUUAAUCAUAAUUGAGUGAUAUAUGACAUAAUAUUCAUCCUAAAGAGAGAGAAAAAAAUUACACGUAUUUAAGAGAAGAUGCAUAAAUCGCGAGAGAGAAUUGAUCUAUAAUUAUUUUGCAUAUUUGAUUGAAUGAUUGACUCACUCACUUAUUUAUCAUUUUUUGUUCUACUUUAAUUGAGAGGAUUUUAGAGAGACUUUAGAAGGAGAAAGAAGUACUGAGCAAUUAGAAUUUUCUUUUAACAAUCAAUGACUUUGCAUAAAAGGAGGAGUUAUUUUAAUUUUGUUCUCUUGUGGAGAAAAUUGCAAUUCACUCGACGUUCAAAAGCCCUGAUUUUUUUUUCUUUUAACUGUUGAAAUGUGGAAUUUUUUGUUCACUAUUUGUUGUACAUAUACUCAAAUUAAUUGAAAUGAAUUCUAUAAUAGACAUUUUGUUGUAAUUCGGCGUGAAUGUGCGAAGCUAAAUAGAAGAAGAAGAUGAUCCAGAAGAGAGGCAGGAUUAUUUAGGAUACAAUGAGAAGGAGAAGAAGAAAUAAUGAAUUAUAAUCUUAUACAUAUUACAAUGAAUUUUAUAAUGAAAUAGUGAAUUUAUUAUGCUAAAAGGAAAUCAUUUUGAAUCAAUUUUAUAUUAUGAGUGUCUCAUUAUUACUUAUCUCAUUACUUCUGUAGCAAUUUAUUAUCAUUAAUUAAUUUACCUUAUGAGAAAAGGAAUUAUUAAUCGAAUGGUUGAAGCGUAAUAUAAAGAAAUCAUUCUGUUUAGUAGUGUAUCAUAUAUAGAAAGAUAAAAAAAGGAAUGAAAAAUAGAUAGAACAGUACAAAUCCUGACUUUAUGUUAAGAAGCGAUUGAUAAAAAAAAGCGUUGAAAAAUAGGAGAAAAACAUGUGAAGGUUUAAUUUUUGGACUUGAUUUUCCUUAAACUAAUAUUUUAUAUGUAAAAUAUGGUUUUCUAUAAAUGUGAAUUCUAAAAGGAAUUUAUAGCAACUAGUUAGCGAUCGCCAGUGUUGGACAGCAAGCAUUGAAUUUGCAUUUCGAUUCAAAAUCGAUGUCAAAAGAACAAUUUUCACAAAUGCAUGUGGAUUUUUUGCAUGUGUAAAUUAUCAAAUAAUUUCCUUAGAAGCAAAAACUCAUUCAAUGAAAUAAAUCUCAGUAUUUUGUAAAGGCAAAUGAAAUGUUAUGUAAAAGAGAAAGGUUUCACAAGUGGCAAAAUGCAUCUACAAUUGUUGUCCUGCGAGCGUUGGCGAUUUUCAAGCAGGAGGAUUUCUAGCAAUGUGGUUGAAAAGUAAUGGAAGAAGAGAAUAUAUUAAUUGAGUAGCAAACGCUUAACUAUUCACCAUGUAUAGUUACGGAUAUAUUUUUGAUAUGAUAAGUAAAAAAAAAAAAGAUGAAUAGAAAGAUUUGAUAGAAGUUGAGAA